AUGUCGGUAGCUGGGUUAAAGUACGACCCUGUACUUAGCCUUGACACCCCAGCAGAAACCAAGUCAGGAAGCUACAUUUACAGCGGCUCCGCAGCGUCCUUCCACGACUGGGAGUUUCGCACACGUGCCCGUGUAUCCCAGCAUCGUGAGAGGCAGCGUCGAGAGGUCUUGAAAGACCUCCGUUCUAGCCACCAACUCAGCCGUUCUGCAUCCCCACGAAAGUGGGUAGGUGGUGGCAUAAGAUCCCCGGACCGUCACACAGGUGAUGAGAGCAGUGGAAUGGCAGCCAGUCCUUCAAGUGCCCCAGGACGCCGGCGCGGCCGCCAGGCCGGUGCGGAGUCCAUGUCGUCAGGAGACGGUGGCGAAGAAGAGCAACAGCCACAAGAUUAUGAGGUUGAGGACGACGGGCAAGCUUCGGUUGAGACUGAGCCUGUUCCCACACUCGCUUCGGUCCGCGAUAGCGAUCUUGACAUGUCUGAUGCAGUUCAGAAGACGCUGGAAGGCCUCCGUGGCGACGCCUUUCUUAUCGCCCGAGACAUAGGUCUCGAGAGGUUGUUGAAGCACGACGGCAUUGAUCUUCUCAUUCAGAAGGUCAAAGACCAAGCAUUUCCCUUGCAGGGGAAAGAGGCAUCGGAAUUGUUCAGGCAAGGCCAGUUGCUGACAGGUCCCUUGUCCAAACAAUCAGGGGAGCCGAUGUUGUCUUACAUUUCCCGGCGAAAGCGCUGGUGGGUUACCCUAAGGGAAUUGGACCCAGAAGUCAGGUUGUCAGAGGCCACGCGCGCCAGUCUCCUUGUGGAACUGUCUGGUUUGUCGCGCCAAGAGCAGCUCAUGGUGCGCACCGCAGCACAAGCCGAGACAGUAGAUGAGUAUGCACGCGUAUUGAUCAAGCAUCAUAGUGUUGUGCAUAUGCGUGAACGCUUGCUCGUUGAGAAAGACAAGCCUGCCGCUAGAACAUGGUCCAAGCCCCGGUGGGAGAAUACCUCGUUUCAGCAGAAGCCUCGGUACGGUUACAUGACACAGGGUUUCAUGGAGGAUGACGAGUAUGAGUACCAGGAGCCAGAAAGUCAGGCCUAUGUAGCCGAGGAGCAUGAGGUCGAGGGAGACGAAGGCGAAUGGGUUGAUGACAGUGCAUUAGCCUUGGCUCUCAAUGCAUAUACAGCUAUGCAGACAGAGCUUGGAGGCGAGCCAGGCGAGGAGCACGCCGAAGCAUUGCAGCUGGCAUACGCAGCCCAAACCACACUGACAGGAAAGCCAAACUUGCCGAGCUGA